UCUGACUUUGUGCUAUAAUGACAUUUUAUAUCACUAACUUUCUCCAUCGACUACACAGUGAUAGCCAUUGGGAGCAUAAUUGGUGCAAAUAUCAUAGGUUGAUGUUCUACAAGAAUGGGUGUGCUAAACUUAUGGCAGAUUCUGGGUCCUGUGAAACAACACCAGGAACUAUUGGAGCUGAAGGGACAGGUUUUAGCUGUGGAUCUUAGUAUCUGGGUGUGUGAGACACAAUGUGUCAAACAGAUGCAAGGGGUUGUCUCAAAACCUUUCCUUAGAAAUCUCUUUUUCCGAAUCCUACAUCUACUACAGCUUGGUGUACAGCUUGUGUUUGUGGUAGAAGGGGAAGCACCAGAUUUGAAGAAGGAUGUAAUGCAGAAGCGUCAACAGGACAGAUUUCGAAACAAAGAUACAGGUUUCCGAGGUCAGGCUUACAGAGGUCCGAGAGGAGGUGGGGGCAAAGGAGGCCGACGUAACUUCAAUGCCUGUCUCCGUGAGUGUUGUAGGAUGCUCGACUGCCUUGGAAUCCCUUAUCUCCAUAGUAACGGGGAAGCUGAGGCCUUUUGUGCUGCCCUGAAUGCUGCUGGGCUUGUUGAUGGCUGUCUGACGAAUGAUGGCGAUGCCUUCCUGUAUGGAGCCCGAACUGUUUACAGGAACUUCACUAUGAACACCAAGGAUCCCCAUGUGGAGAGUUACUCUAUGAACAAUAUUGAAAGUAAUCUUGGCCUGGACAGAGAGAAGAUGGUUGCCAUGGCAUUACUCCUAGGCUGUGACUAUUUACCGAAAGGGGUGCCAGGUGUUGGUGUAGAUAAAGCCAUAAAACUGAUGACAACUUUACAGGACUAUUCCAUUCUAGACAGGUUCCACAAGUGGCGCCGUAUGUCUGAUAGUGAAUGUGUUGACCAGAUUGAAUCCUUGGUCAGAAAGAAGGCUUUGGUUGUGCAGGACUUCCCUCAGGUUCCGGUUAUAGAUGAAUUUUUGACAUCCAGGGACAAAUGUCCAUCUGCCAUUAAGAGCUGGAAGCGACCUCAAAUAGCUGAUCUUCAGAAAUUUGCCCUGGACAAAAUGGAGUGGGUGGUGGAAUAUACCUUAGAGAAAGUGUUGCCUUUAGUUACCCUAUGGGAUAUGACCUUCAUAUGUAAAAGAACCUCGUCAUCAGAGAGAAGUGGCCUACUGCAGCCUGCUAGAAUUGUGAAAUCGAGAACCAGACAAGGUGUCCAGUGUUAUGAAGUGGAAUGGCACAAACCAGAGACAGACACCAUCUCUCCCCAGACUGUCUACACCACCAUAGAAACACAGGAUCUAUUUUCUAAGUGUUAUCCACAUUUUGUCAAGCAAUAUGAUGAACAAAUGGCAGCCAAAAAGACAAAAGGUAAGUCAAGGAAGAAAAAGGAUGUUGAAGAAGAGACUGAUGAAGUAAAAUGUUCACAGGACCUUGAUGACGAUUUGUCGCAGGCUGUGCAGAAUCUCAGUCUCGCCACUGAAACAAGGAAGAGUCAAGUUAAAGAAGAGAGAAUCCAGGAGGACAAUAUCAAAAGAUCAACAUAUAAACAGAGAGAUACUGAGGAAAAAACAAGACACAGAAGAAAUGAGAAGGUUUAUCUGAAUGACCUAGAAAACAACAUGGCCAGCCUCUCUUCGAUAUUACCACAUCACGUUGGAAAUAUGAACACUACAGCUAAAACCAGUGGUCAGUCUCAAGCAUCUCUGGUCAAAAUAGAAAAUGUUAACUCCACAAGUAGCCAAAAUAAAGGGAAAAUGAAGGUCGUACCAAAGGUCAAGGUUAAUGAGUGUAAGAAAUCCAAUAUUAAACUUUCAGACUUUACAUCGGGCCUAUUACUGGAUGUUAGUAAGGAUGUCCAGGAGUAUCACAGGAAGGACAAAGCAAUAGACUUUCAAAAGGAAUCAUGGGAAAAAUCAGGAAAACAAAAUGGUGGCCGAGAUAGGAAGGUGGGUUCAGAAGUAAUGUUACAAGUUAUGAUAUGUAAGGAAGAGGUCAGUAGGACUGAUGAGGAAUGUAGCGAGGAUGAAGAAGAGGAUUACAUUCCAUUGUCUCAAAGAGUUCAGAUUAAUCUAAGAAAGCCCUCAAUAAGAAUGGUUCGACAAAAGACAAAAAUUUCACUACCAGGUCUGCAGAUUUGGAUGUGUCUAGAUUGUGUACAAUGCUUAGAUCUGUUAAAAAUACCCCAGGUUCACAGCAACUGUCAUCCAAACCAGACACACAAGCAGACACGUCACAUCAACCCCACAUGGACAUGAAGACUUCACAUCAAUCACACUCGGACACACAAACAGACACGUCACAUCAAUUACACUCGGACACACAAACAGACACGUCACAUCAACCCCACAUGGACAUGAAGA